AAAGAGAGAAAACAUGGAGAAAAGAAAACGGGAGUUGCAAACUACCAUUGAGAAGCAGGAUGAUAAAGUACGUCAACUUCAAACGAGCGCCUUUAUCCUUGCAAACUACUACUUCGUCUUUCAAGGAAUUAUUUUGGGGGCUAUCGUCACUGCCACCACAGCGCUCAGAUGCUCAGAUCGCUGGUUCCUUUUCAGCCUCUCUCUGAUAGCAGCCAUACUCAACUUGGUUUCAUUGCUUGUAAUUGGAAGCAAUUAUAAAAGAAGCGUCAUGCAGAGACACCAAACCAAGAGUGAGCUCAUUGAAUUGGAAAGUGAUCUGAGCAAGCUAGAGACUUCACCUUCAGAUCAAAGGCUCAAAACUAAAAUAUUAACCUACUGGGAUACGACAAAGAUUCAACAUCCUCAACAUCCUACGGCCGUAGAAAUUAAGGAUGAACUGGAAGUAAGGCAUAGAAGGAGGGUCAUUCCUGUUGUUACAAAUUAUCUACGUGAGUUCUACUUUGUACUUUGCAUGGGUCUAUUUAUAAUCUUUGCCGUGAUCGUGAUUGUGGGUUGCUGGACCAUUCCUUGCAAGGAAACUCUUCAAUGCACGCCCCCGAUAUCGAACGCCAGCGGUGAUAAAUGUAUUAGGGUUUGUGAAGGUGCCAAGUGUAUGAGCAUCUGCGCCCAAUUCUAGGGCUUCAAGUUCAACAGUUAUAGCUUUGAGCUAGGGAUAUCCAAUCCAAGUAGAUUGGAACCACAAUAAAGUUUACCAUAUUUUGAUGCUCGUUAUUUAAUCUAUAAUGGUUUAUAUGAUUUUGUGUUUGCAUACAUUAUUUCAAAAAUAAGACUUUCUGGAUGUUAU